GCCCGUAGUCUGGUAGAAUGUGUACAAGAUAUAUAUGGUUGGUAUGGCUGGGCAUUCUUAUUCAUGCUCCAUCCUCCAACCUGGCCCCGCCCCCUCCAUGCCCACUCUAUCAUUUCCCUUGCUCAACAAUAUCAAGAUGCGUCUCAUCUUCACAGGUGUGUGAUGGUGUAGAUGAUUGUGGGGAUAGGUCAGAUGAACCUGCAGGAUGUACACCUUGCAACAAGACCUAUAUGGGUGAGCUGGGAGAGAUGGGUCGGGUUCAGAUCCCUAGACCUAGGGGAGAUAAACUUCCCUUUACAUGCUUUAUAUCCUUCUACUCUCCUCCUAGUACUAGGAUACAGGUGCAGCUGGAGCGGUUUAAGCUAGGCAGGUUUCAGUCCAGCCACGUAUUAGGCUGCCCUGAUGCUAGUCUAACUAUAUCUGAAGAGGAGUGGAGAGAUCCUGAACCAGGGGUCGGAGGGAAGUUUUGUGGUGCACUGGUAAACAGAACCAGACCAAUCUACUUCAGUGAAAAGAAUAUUGUUACGCUUGAUAUUAGAUUAUAUCAAUUCUGGGGGGAUACAAUACAGAUGAACAGUUUUGCAGUAGCAGUAAAGUUUAGCAUACAUCCGCCUAAAAGAACUGCUAGAUCAGUAGAAACUGGCCGGCUGGUCCCUGGAACUACCUGUGAGUAUAAGCUAACCAACUGUACCCGGUCAACCUGUAGGGUGCAGUCACCUAAUUAUCCUGGUCUCUACAACAGGAAUAUCAGCUGUUCAUAUCAUAUCUAUGUGCUACCAAAUGAGAUACCUCCAGGGAAAAGAGGUUUAGUGUAUGUGGAACAGCCUAGAGUUGGAAAAAUAUGGAUUCAGGGUGGUGAGGUUGAGAAGUAUGGUCGGAUAGAUCAAAGUCUAGGACUGGGUCAGGAGUGUUCAGUUCUAGGAGAUCAUCUUACUGUUUACGAUGGUCCUAGUCUACCAGGAGGGACUGCUCCCGCCGUUCUUCUGGAUUUCUGUCGAGGAGGUCAGGUUCCGAGGAUAGUGUCCUCAGGCCCGGAUAUGCUUCUAGAGAUGAGAUCUUCCCCCUACUCUACUCCAGGUGCCUCCUUGAGCUCGUAUACAGGGUUCGAGUUGAACGUUGGAGUCGUCUUCGUUGAUGAUUUCCGACCAGAAAUGCGCGAAGCUGAAUCUGAAUGCCGCUUCACAUUUCACUCUGGAGACCAAAAACGCGGAACGGUCUCAAAUGUUCCUUAUGAUCUACCUGGGAACUCAACUUGUACUUACUCAUUUCAGGGUGGACCAGGGGAGCAAGUAUGGCUGAUAUUUCGAAGUUUUGAAUCCCAUCAUCUGAAGCUAGAUAUCUAUAGAACUGCUUACUGUAGUAACAAACUAAGGUUGUUGGAUGGUCCUCCAUUUAAAUCAUACAAUGGUAGUCAGCUCGGAGAAUUCUGUGAUGAAAACCCUCCUCAAGUUUGUCAUAAUAUACAGACCAAUACCUCCAGGGUGUGUAGACCUGGUGGGGAGAGCUAUUUAUCAACAGGUGGUAGAUUAACAUUGGUUCAAGAGAUCGGAGAAACUACAGUUAUCAACAAUAUCAAGUUCGAGAUACAGUUCGAGUUCAUAAAGGAUGAGGAUGAGGAUGAAGAUGGAGGACUGGAGGAGGUACGAGAGGAGGAAAGAGAAGUUAACCAACUUGCAAACUGUGACAGACAAUUCGUCAGUGUUUUCGCCGGAGGAAACCUUCGAUCUGAUGCUCUGCAUACCUUCUCUAGUCCUGGUGGGGUAUUCUUCUAUGGUAGAGGAGGGAGGAGAAACCUAACUUGCUCAUUUCUUAUCAGGGGUUCAAGGAAUGAAAGGGUAGAGUUAAACCUAGAGAAUAUAAGUAUGGGUUCUAGACCUUGUAGAACAGUAUUUGAUGCUGAGACUGCCAGGUACAGAUGUGAUUCCUCUGGAGCCCGAGCUGGAGUAUAUAUCAGUGAAGUUGAAGGAGAAGGGUUGGAUCAAUCCCAGUGCUAUUGUCAGAAAAUACACGGAGCUAACUUUGUCUCGGCAUCUAACUCUAUACUAGUCAGGUUUGUAGUUGAUGAGAUGGAAAAGAACGAAGACUCAAGUGAUUUCUUUCUUCGAACCACAUUUAGAUUUGUGGAGCGUAGCUGUGAAGACUCCAGUUUAACGCGGCGUGGUGGAGUAGUUCGUUUAGACUCCUCCAACUGCGGAGGGAGUGGUUGGUGGGUGGAGUCGGUGGAUCCUAAACAAAUAGUGCUCCGCCUACCUGGGGCCCGCCUACCACGACCUUAUACUGGAGUACCUGCCUGUUCAAGGAGAAACCGUAUCGUGGUUCGAACUCCUGCUCAACUCUCUGUGAUAUGCCCGGACCCUGAGAUGGGUUCAGUACAAAUCCUUUCUCCCUCCAACUCGUCCCUGGACUUCCUGGACCCUAGGGUUAACAGUAUCCUAGUUACACUAGUCGGACACUCCCAGAGUCCAGUAUUCUUCUCCUGGUUCGAGUUCAUCUAUCAACCUCCGCCCUCCGCCCUGGUAGGAGAACCUGCAGUAGUAACUCCGCCCUGUGAUACCUCCUGCCCCGGGUUUGGUUGUAUUAGCCCCGCCCUCUGGUGUGACGGCGUGGCUGAUUGUCCUGGAGGGUGGGAUGAGAUGGAACCCAACUGCAGGGUGUUUGCCCCAGUUAAACUCCUGGUUGGGUUUGCAGUUGUAGCAGGAAUAUUCGUUAUACUCUCCACAGCAGUACUCAUCCUUAGGCUUAGGAGAAAAUUAGAAGAGCUCUCGGAGGAAAAUAUUGCUUUCAGAUAA